AUGAUCGGCCGCCUGAGCCGCAUCGUCGCAUGUGGCAUCGCCGGGCUCGGCUUCCUAGCGCCGACAAGCACGGGACUGCCGUCCUCUUCUCAUGAAGCAUACAGUGCUACAUUUCAAGCGGUACUCACGGUGCGACGUAUCGGCUUGAUGCCGGAAGCACACUGCCGCACUGGCUGGUGUGUUUCGAUUGAGCCAGGCGAGGCGUCCGACUGCUUGAACUGCGCCAACCUCCGUCUCAUGCCGCGAAAGAGGUGCAAGCAGUGCUCCGGGUCGAUGGGUUGCUCAACUUGUCACGGGUAUCUCCUCAUGCCUCCAAAGCAACGUUCCAAAAUUGAAUCUCGGAGCCCCGCAGCGACUCGAAUGCCGUCGACUCCUCGCGCUUCCGCGGAGGCACGUGCUUCGAGCGCUGCACCCACGACAACACCAUGUGCAACAGCGAUCCAUUCAGCCACGUCUGCGAGUGGCGGAGCCCGCACUUCGAUCCCUGCAUCUACCAAGACAACGACCACGUCUCCGCCUGCUCGCGCACCGACACCAUCGAUUUCGCAUGCAUCGACCAAUGCAACCACAACCCGUCCUUCCGACGCAGCCGCCACCGCAUUGCCACAGUCCUUCCCACAACCUCCAGUCCCUUCCACUUUAUCGUCAAAAGCAACUCCUGCGCCAAUGACUGAUCACGAGAAUGCGACUUCGGACGACACUGACGAACCGUACGAUUCAAACGACAUGACGUCCCCGCGCCGCACUCGCAGCCCCCGACGAUCCACACCGCCUGCGCCGUCAACGACGUCCACUCCAUUUCCAUCUAUUGCUGGUGCCACCAUCGGCAACGAGUCCCCAACUGCGCCGACCGAGGCUUCUGUCCUGUCUAGUGGAGCCAUUGCAGGAAUUACCGUGGGUGGUGUUGCCGUGUGUUUGGGUGUCGUGGGGCUGGUAGUGUGGAGGAAGAAGCUCGCUCAUGACGUGGCGUACCGCGAGAUGCUCCUCUCAGAUCACGUCACUGGGAGUGGCCAGUAUUUAGCAAUGCUAUAA